CAUAAUUCUACUUGCGUUGAAAACCUGCUCGCAAGGUGCAUACUCAUGUACAUGGCUGGUCGCGUAUGUUAGUUGCAAGAAGUCUAUGGGCACCAUGGGCAUCAACAUGUCGGGACUUGUGUUGCUUACAGCGUGGUUCGAGGUUGUUGAAAGAGGCCGUGCGAGUGCCGCUCGCCAGCUUGCAUUCACAUGCUUUCCGCUGUGUCGAGCUUGCAGACGCGUCGCAUGGCGGUAUGUUUCGGAAGAACUCUCCCGAUUGAAUCAACACGACGGACGGUGCCGUCGCACAAGGGUAGACGCAACCUUUUGCUGUGUUGCGCUGCGUUGUUUUGCGCUGCUUGCAGGGUACAUUUCACAGCCUUCGCGUCGAUGGGGCCACUGGCUCGCAGACCACGCUGGAAAAAUAGUUUCUCUGAUCCGUUGACGCACGCGAGAGGACGCCAGGCGUCAUUGGGGUGUGCCGCAGAGGGCGGCGGCGGCGACACGAUGCCUCUGCGCUCGCCCUUGCGCUGGAUCGGCUCGUAUCCCACGCUCAGGCUCUGGUUUCCAGACCUCUCCACGGCGGAGCAGAAGCAGUCCGGCGACAAGGGCGUGAGCCUGACGUUCGUCCUGGACACGGGGGCCAGCGUCAACACCAUCCGCUCGCAGGUGGCAGCCGACCUCGGGCUUGCUCGGGUGGGCACGGCGCCUGCGGGUGUCGGAGCAGGUGGCAAUUUUUCUGGUGGCGACACGUUCUUGCUGGGUGACUGUGAGCUCGCCGACCUGCCGGCGGCGAAUCGCGCAAAGUUCAUGACGGGCCUGACCGCCAGCGCCCUGCCAGUCGCUACGCCCGCCGCGGCUGGUAUUCUGGGCUACCCGUUUCUGACCUCCUUUCCCGGCGGGGUCGAUUUUCGAUGGGGAGGCACGGGCCGUCGAGUCAUCAGCGGAUCCUCCGACGAGUCGUCGGAGGCCUCUAUCACGUUUCUGGGCGGUGAGGGGGGCAUGGAGGCGGUGUCCGCGGGGCUCUGUACCGUGCCCAUGCGGCAGCUGCCUGACACUAGGCUGCCCUGCGCCACGCUUACCGUCAACGGCGUCGGCAUCCCUGCACUUCUCGACACGGGAUCGCCCAUCACCGUGUUGAAUGCGGCGGCGGCGGCUGCAGCGGGCCUCGAUGUAUCAGGAGGAGGCUCCGACCGCGACAGUGGUGGUAGCAGCGACAGCGAUAACCCAUUCGCGAACCUCUUCGCGGGAGUGGGGGCGGCGCUGGACGCCGCGCGUGAAGCGGCGACGUUUGGCCAGCGCGUGGCGAGCGGUGACCUCGUGCUGAUCGCUGGUGCCGAUGGCAUGAUCCAGCUCUCGCGGUCGAAGGUUGCCGUGUCGUUUUCCUUGGGCGAGGCUGAGAUCGACAACUCCACAGUGCUGGUCGGUGAAGUGCCGGGGCUCGCGGCGCUGGACGGGUUGGGCGCGGCGGCCGGUCCGGCCGCUCUGCUUGGCGUUGACGUGUUGCGCCAGCGGCCGCGGCUGGUUAUCCGAGCGAACGAGAUGUUUGUGUGAGGUGCAAGAUACACGGAACCAUAGCAGAAGUUUUUCUUUGCCUUGGUUUUCGGCCUCAGCCUUAGCCCGAGCUGCAAGCCCUGUCUCGGGGCACCCGCCGACCCUGGGCGCUCCGGGAGCAACCAGAAAGCCGAAGAGCACCCCAAGAGUUCCGAAAACGACCCAAGAGAUCUGUAGUAUUGUGCAACUGCGGCAGUCCUCCCAUCAUCGAUAUGAAAUUCGAAUAGCGAGACCCAUUAUCUUUUUCGACAACGGGGCUGCCGAAGCUGUAACCACAUUGCUUCGCUGUGUGAUUGUGCACGCUCUCGCCCGGCUAUGUGAAGACCUGCAGCCGAAGCGAGUUGCGGAAAGACAACGACGAUGACGA